GCCGGAUCGGCCGCGCGUUAACCGGCGCACGCGCAUUGUACCACGCAUAACUACGAGGCAUAUAAGUGACGAUCGAUAAGAGCACCUCGAUAAAAACUGCAGUGUUUAAAUUCCGUAGGAACAACGAGCAAUGUAAAUUAAUAAAGCUGAUAAUAAUGUUAACGCUGAAAGAAAAGUGAUAGUAAAUAAGUUAAAAUGUGCAACAACAAUAAUAACAUGGGGAGCGGGAAGUGUGGGCUAAAUGGUAAAAAAGACCAAGUGAACCCAACAGAGGCUAAAAAGACUGAGUUUAGUGUUAAGGAAAAAUGCCGUAAACUACAAAAAAAACUUAAGAAGACUGAUAAACAGAAGACUGAAUCUAGUUCGAAGGAGAAAACGAUUUGGUGGAACCAAUGCAGCAGUUUAAGCGAAAUAGACCAGUACUUAUGGAUGGUUGGUGGAUCAGCGGGGGCCCUGGCGCUGACCGGUGUUGCGGCUGCAUCAGCCUUCUACCUCAGCACACGGCCAAAGCCAGAAAAACCCCUAGUCACGCUUCACGAACAAAGCUUGCUGGAGCCGGGUCCCGAAAUGGUACGCGUGUCAAAGUUCUACAAAGAAGCAAAAAACGGGAAAUACCUACGAUAUCUUCACGACGAUACACGCACACUUUUUGAAACUUUUCGUAGAGGUGUUAAGGAAUCAAAUAAUGGCAACUGUCUUGGUUGGCGUGAGGGACCAAAUAAGCCCUAUGUGUGGCAGACUUACAAUGAAACCCUGCUGCGAGCGAAAAACUUCGGUUCGGGUCUUAUAUGCCAAGGCCUCGCCCCGGGCCAAAGUACCUUUGUCGGUAUAUAUGCCCAGAAUUGUCCAGAGUGGAUCAUGACAGAGCAAGCUGCCUACUGUUACUCAAUGGUUAUAGUACCGUUAUAUGAUACCUUAGGAGCCAAUGCAUGUGCCUUCAUUAUUAACCAAACGGAAAUGUCAGUAGUCGUUUGUGAGGAUGACAAGAAAGCUAACCUCCUCCUCGACCAAUCCCCACGAUGUUUACGCAAGCUCGUCACGAUAAAGGAAGUCUCGCCGUCGACGCAUCAAAGGGCAAAAAGUCGUGGUGUGGAAAUUGUUAAAUUCAGCGAUGUGGAAAUACUAGGAGCGCAGAAAGAUCAUCCUUGUGUCCCACCUAAACCAGAUAGUCUUUGCACAAUCUGCUAUACGUCAGGCACGACAGGAAUGCCGAAGGGUGUAAUGCUGACACACGAAAACGUAGUGGCUUCGAUGUGCAGCGUGAUCAUGCAGCUUGGAGAACACCGACCAAUGAAACAUGACAUUAUGAUAUCCUUUCUACCCCUCGCGCAUAUGCUUGAGCGGUGUUGUGAGAAUGCUCUGUAUAUGGUAGGCGGGGCUGUGGGAUUUUAUAAUGGAGACAUAAGAAGACUAGGCGAGGACCUCACCGCCCUCAAACCCACGAUGAUGCCUGCAGUACCGAGACUCUUGAACAGAUUAUUCGAUAAGGCCCAAAGUGAAAUAUCAAACUCGAAGAUCAAGAAGUUACUCUUCAAUAUGGCGUUGUCUGCGAAAGAAUCAGAAUUGAAGCGAGGAAUAAUCCGUCACGACUCAAUCUGGGACAAACUAGUGUUCCGCAAAGUGCGUGAAGGGAUGGGGGGACGCUUACGUAUCAUGGUGGUGGGCUCUGCGCCACUGGCUGGCAACGUCCUUACUUUUGCACGAUGCGCUCUUGGAUGUUUGAUUGUCGAAGGCUACGGUCAGACUGAAUGCACUGCGCCAGUAACUCUGACGGUUCAGGGUGAUCACGUGCCCGAACACGUUGGGCCUCCCGUCGCUUGUUGUAAAGUGAAGCUAGUGGAUGUCCCAGAAAUGGAGUACUACGCGGCGCAGGGGCAAGGGGAGGUUUGCGUUCAGGGCGCGAACGUAUUUAAGGGCUACUUCAAGGAGCCCGACAAGACGCGUCAGGUCAUAGACCAUGAUGGCUGGCAUCAUACAGGCGAUGUUGGCAAGUGGCUGCCUAAUGGUACCUUGAAAAUUAUCGAUAGAAGAAAACACAUCUUCAAGCUAUCUCAAGGUGAAUACAUAGUUCCGGAAAAAAUAGAAAAUAUUUACAUUAGAAGUCAAUAUGUCGAGCAAGUUUUCGUGCACGGUGAAUCAUUAAAGUCAUGCGUAGUAGCGGUCGUGGUACCAGACGUUGAUGUGGUGAAGUGCUGGGCCUUGGAGAAUGGCAUUAAGGGCACAUUUUCGGCACUAUGCGAAGACGAACGGGUGAAGACCGUUAUCCUGGAAGACAUGCUACAGUGGGGACGCACCGCUGGCCUUAAGACCUUUGAACAAGUAAAGGACAUCUAUCUACACCCUGAUCCGUUUUCAGUUCAGAAUGGUCUAUUAACGCCAACAAUGAAAGCGAAACGGCCGGAAAUCAGAAGUUACUUCAAGCCUCAGAUCGACGACAUGUACAAAAAGCUCGAAUAACAAUAGCAUACCAAAUAGCAUAACACUGUUAUAUCAAGUACAGUAUGACGUCACCUCUUUUUUCUUAAAAAAUUGUAAUUAUAAAGAAAUUAAUAAAUAUAUUUUCUUCACCAUCUGGAAUUUAUGUUAAAAUUUUUAGCCGACGGUUUCGUUUAGAAAAAUCUACUAAAUAUAAAGGAAAGGAUGUGAAUGAAUUAAUUUACAAUUGCUAUAGUUUAAAUUAUCUGACUUCUCUCGUUUAUAUUGGAUACUUAUUUUUUCUGAAUUAUCAGUGAAACUUUAAAAAUAAAUUGGUGAUUCUGACUUAAUUUAAACCUGAGUUCAGCCAGAUUUUGUUUUAUAAAUCUAUUAAUUGUUAUUUUUAAUUACUUAUCCAUCAUCAGUUUUGUACCUCACUAAAGUAAACAAAAAACAUUACAAUCGAGUCUCGCCUAAAAUGGUUAUACCUAACCUACGACUUGGUUUACUAUCUCAAAAUAAAUUAAGAAUUAAUGAGAAUAUUUACCACAUCUUUCUGUUAAUAGUUACAAUGAAACUUCAUACUAUGGCGAGUUUCAACAUUAUCCGAAAUUACAUAAAAACUUGAAAGUAUUACUUUAAAAAUACCGAUAUAAACAUACUUAUUAUACAGGAUAGCAUGUCCAACUCAUAUGUAGUGUUUUUAAAAGGCAAUAAAUAAAGAAACUAAGGUUUCGUAUGUAGUCAAUUAUUAAACUUUUCAUAUGAUCGUAGGUCGUAUUUUGUCAUUGCUUUUAUUAGUAAAUUAUUACUUUAUACUUGUAGCUAAUGAUAUCCAUUUUAAUAAUAUUCAUACAAAAUUUAUACUCAAAGUAGACUUACCUAAUAAAUCAGUUCUUCUUAUACAAAUUCAAGUUCAAAUCCAAGUUUGAUAAGAAAGAUGCUACAUUUUGUUUUGCUUUUAUAUAAUAAUAGCAUAAGCUUUAUAGUCGUAGUGGCGACCUAAAGUUUAAUAAAGAACCUUUAUUGGAUAUAUAGAAACUGAAAUUUAAUGAAAAGGCUCGAAAACAUAGUGUUGUAAUACAUUUUAUAGCAAAAUUACAAAUAACUAUACGUAACGUAGGUAAUUAUUUUAUAUCAAUUAAUCAUGUUGGAAAAGUUCAUGAAUGGAGUGAAUUGCUUGAUGGCUUAAAAUGCAAUGAAAUAGAGGAAUUUAGCAAACGUCUUUAUCAUUAGAAGUUAAAAUUUAAAGCAAUACUUAAUACACGUAGUUUUCACGGGUUAGUUGGUAAAGUAUUUGAAAAGCAUGGUUAUAUAAAUAAUGAAUUGUUUGUAAAUUGACACAUAACAUAUUAUUAGUCAAUAUGUACAUAUUUAAGUUAAGAUAAGCUCUUUAGAUAAUACACUAAUACAGACGCCAAUUUAAAACAAAUUUUGUUACAAAAUGGAUAAUAAUGAAAAAAGAGUCGAUACGAUCGUCAAGUAAACAUUUAUGCCUUUUAACAUUUUUAUACAUAAAUAAGUGUACAAGUAGAUUCAAGUAAACGAUAUUUCAGUUGUUAAGAUAAAGUGUUUUAGUUUACUUUUUUUAUUAUUUCCUAUUUGUUGUGCAGAGCUAUAAUAUUAGAGGGCGAAUCUCUUAUAGGUUGUGUGAUUGAGAUGAGAUUUAUUAAAUAAUUAAAUAGAUAUAUUAACUGAGCAAUUAUCUGUCCACUGAAGCCAAGCUUGCAUCAGUAAUGAAAUAUGUUGACAAAGGUAAACUAGUGUAUCUAACGUUAAGAAGGAAAAUUGAAUUUAAUUAUUCUAUACUUACAAAAAUUUGUGAGGUGCCGACGAUAUAGAGGAUCGGAAAAAUCAGGUAAAUGAAAGAUGACGUGAUAAUUUUAUUCAUAAAAUCAUUCAAUAGUCACAAAGCCACCUUCACAAGUAUUAUCAGCCUUAUUAAAUCAUGUACAAUGUAGGUUUCGCGAAUAGAAUUGAUUUUAUGGAAAUGUCGUGGUAUCUUUCAUCAUACUUUAUUUGUGAUUAGGAUCCGCGGAUUGCCGUCUGGAAAUUAAUACGACUAUAUACCUAUAUUUUAGUGGACAACAAAUCUUUAAUAAUUAAAUGCAUACUAUCGCACUGUAGAUAAAAUAUAAUUUUGUAUUCUCCUUAAUUAAGACUAUUUCUAAUGAAUUAGGAUGAAGGAUUUAUGCUUUGUGCUAACGUUACGGUUUCAAGUUGUUCAAAACCAAAAUUUUGUUGUUAUUGGUGCAAGUUGUACUACAAUAAUUUAUUUUUAAAUAAAAAUUGAAAUUUUGUUUUUUUUUUAGUA